UAAAGUUAACCUAUCAACCGCUCAUUGUAACUCUGUACGUAUUAGAAUCAGGACUAAGAUUUUAUCCUCAAUUGUUGGAUAACACAGGAAAGACGAGAAGCAAUGGAGGUCUACACUGAAGAGUAGAGCUCCUGGAGAAACGGUAUUACUCUUUCACCAACUUCGAAGCUUCCUGCUACAAACAGAUUACUCCAGUGAUAGCUGAUAAUUAACUGAAAUUCUACAUAGUACGUUGAUAUUCCCUCUUUCUCUCUCUUGAUAUCUUUGACUACUACUUACUGAAAUUUUAUUUAGCAUUUCUGCAUCAUUUGUACAUUAAAUUUCUCACAGUUUUCCAACUUAUUGUAAGUUAUGUAUAUUUUGAACUCCACAAACCCAUGAUCUUCUUGCUGCUUUUGUUAUGCUUUCAAUCCUGAAUUUUAGCUUAAAAGCACAAAAAAACAUAAGUUAUGGCAGCCCUUUUGCAAUCAUUAUCUCCCAUUACAAACCCAUGUCUAGAAAAUACAAUAAAAGCUUGUGGGUUCUUUUCCCAGAUCCCAAAUCUUCAUACUGUAUCACUAAACAAAGGUUUUUCAAGGGUAUUAGCAUCUAACCAAAUUACUAUUUCAUCAAACUCUGUGUUUACAUUGCCUAAUUGGAGGAAUGGUAAGAAUGAUCCCAAGUCUAAGGAAAUUAAGGUCAAUGAUGCAUUUUUGUACUUGGAAUAUAUGGUUGAUAAGGGUCAUAAACCCGAGAAAGGUCAGGCGACUCAGCUGUUGUAUGAUCUUUGCAAGCUUAGUAAAGUUCGGAAAGCAAUUAGAGUGAUGGAGAUGAUGGUUAGUUCGGGUGUGAAACCGGACGCUACUUCUUAUACGUUUUUAGUGAAUCAUUUGUGUAAGAGAGGAAAUGUGGGGUAUGCAAUGCAGUUGGUUGAGAAAAUGGAGGAGUGCGGCUACCCAACUAACACAGUUACAUAUAAUUCACUUGUUAAGGGGCUCUGUAUGCUUGGGAAUUUGAAAAAGAGUCUGCAGCUUCUUGAUCGGUUGAGAAAGAAAGGGCUGGAACCUAAUGUUUUCACUUACUCGUUCUUGCUGGAAGCCGCUUAUAAGGAACAAGGAGUCGAUGAAGCAAUGAAGCUGUUAGAUGAGAUAAUAGCUAAAGGUGGAAAACCUAAUUUGGUUAGCUACAAUGUACUUGUGACGGGUUUGUGUAAGGAAGGGAGAACAGAGGAAGCAAUUACUUUCUUCAGGAAUUUACCACAAAAAGGGUUUGAGCCAAAUGUGGUGACUUACAAUAUUUUGCUGAGGACUCUGUGCUGUGAAGGACGGUGGAAUGAGGCGUACGAGCUUCUAGCUGAAAUGGAUGAUGGAGAUCGUGCCCCAUCUGUUGUUACAUAUAACAUUCUGGUCAGUUCACUGGCUCUCCAUGGCCAACUAGAUCAUGCAUUUGAGGUUUUAGAAGAAAUGAUGAGGGUAGGAUUCAAACCCACUGGAGCCACCUACAACCCAAUCGUUACUCAUCUCUGCAAGGAAGGGAAGGUAGAUCAAGUUAUGAAGUGCUUGGACCAGAUGAUUUUGCAGCAUUGCCAUCCUAAUGAAGGAACAUAUAAUGCUAUUGCUGUACUUUGUGAAGAAGGAUUAGUUCAGGAAGCAUUCUCCAUUAUCCAAAGCUUAGGUAGCAAAUCAAACCUCGCAAUUCAUGAUUUUUAUAGAGCAGUGAUUACAAGUUUGUGCAGAAAAAAUAAUACAUACCCAGCACUGAAGCUACUGAAUGAGAUGACCAAGUUUGGAUUUACACCUGAUUCUUAUAUGUAUUCAACGCUGUUAAGAGGGUUGUGCAUGGAAGGAAUGUUGGAUGCAGCAGUUGAGAUUUUCAAGUUGAUGGAAGACAAUGAAUGCAGGCCUGAUGUUGAUAAUUGCAAUGCUCUUAUACUUGGGUUAUGCAAAUCUCAGAGAACCGAUUUGUCUUUGGACAUCUUUCAGAUGAUGGUCGACAAAGGAUAUAAGCCAAAUGAGAUGACGUAUACAAUAAUUGUAGAGGGAAUAGCUCAUGAAGAAGAAACAGAGCUAGCAGCAAAAGUUUUGGAAGAACUGUAUGAGAGAAAGAUAGUGAGUAGGAACACUAUGGAAAGGCUCGUGAUGCAGUAUGACCUUGAGGGUUUACCAGUGUAAACAACUUAUAAAAGAGACUUCUAUAGAGAAGUGCAUGGUGACCUGUUUAUGUACUUAUUUGAUAGGCAAACGAUGAUAACAACGCUCCAAUAAAUCUUGCAAUCCAAUUGUAGUUGAUUUGCUAAUACACAGUAUUCAAUCAAAUGCGAGUUAUUAAACUUCUUA